AUGCCUAAGAUCAAGAUGAUGCCUAGAGAUAGGGACGGAGAGGAGGAGGAUGAAGACAAGGGAACAUUACUGUCGGGGGACGCCAUUCUACCGGACGAACUCCUGCAGAAGGUGCUCUCCUUGUUGCCUAUCGCCAACAUCAUCAAAUUGAGCAUCGUGUGCAAACGGUGGUACGAGGUGGUUCACUCCUGCCCCCCAUUGUCAUGGGCGAUGAUGGCGCCACAGAAGCCAUUGUUUUUCAGGUCAUGCUUUAAUGAUUGCGCCUUCUCAGGCCGCGUGUACGACCCUUGUCUCCUCCGAUGGUACAACUUCGACUUCCCCCGCUUAGAAAAGAGCAUCUGGCGCACGUCCUCCUCCUGUGGCCUUGUCUGCUUGAUGAAUCUCAAAGAAGGUAGCCAAUUAUUGGUCGGCAAUCCCAUCAAGAGAGAUUGGAAGUUGCUUCCUCAAGUCCCCGGCGGCUCGUCCCCCCACUACAACGCGCUCGCCUUGUCAUUCGACCAUCGCACGCGCGGCUACACCGUGGUCGUCGCCAAGUGCACCCACAUUGUGCUGCCAAGGAACUCCAGUCAUUGGCGCUUAUCCGUCCACAUCUACGAAUCAACCACAAAAUCGUGGGACACGCCUUUCGCCCAAGACAUCGGCUUCUCCCAAGAAAUCGGCUGCUGGAUGGGCAGCAACGAGGCCGUCAUAUGCAACGGCGUGCUCUACUACUUCAUCGGCCCGCACCCAAUGCAACGCCCCCACUUAGUGGCGUUCGAUCUCUCCAAGCCGCCCUCAAGCAUAGAGUAUCUGAUUCAAGAAUCGAUUCGUGGUCCAUACCGUCUUGCCUGUGUUGGGUUGAUCAACCUGUCGAAUAAAUUGGUCAUGGUCGGCAUGACAAACCAUUGGCCGCACGAGGGAGUGGUGAUUUUGGAACUCGAGGAUAAGACAUGGCGGGAGGUGGCUCAAAUGCCGAACUCCAUAUACAAGACGUUAAACGGCCAAAAUUUCAUCUGCUGCGGCGCCGGCCACUUCCUCUUCAUGCACUCCUCAGUGUGGCCGGUGCUACUGACCUUCGACAUGAGGCAGAAGGUGUGGAAAUGGUCGAGCCAGAUGUGUCCGUGCCCAUGCCCCUCCACCGAGCCAUUGCAGUUCAGGUUCCUAAACUACUGCGGCUUCUGCUUCGAACCGAGGCUUGACGUCUCCUCUUGA